AUGUGGUUCUCUACACGGCAAGAGGGUUUUGAUGACCCCAGACCGGCUAUGCGCGGACCUUGUGUCGAUCUGCCCGGCGCCAUUUUUUGUGGCUCGAUCAGCGGAAACAGCUUUUUGCUACGCGGUGGCUUUCUCCUGCAGUUUCUUUCCCUAACUGGCCUCUUCAUCUCUUACUGGGCCUCCGGCGGCUCCGGUCUCUUUGGCUAUGAGCUCCAGGGCAUGAGCGAGGCCGCCCGCAGCUCUGAGGGAUUCCACACUGCAUUGGCCUUCUUCUCUGGGCUCUACAUGCUCGGAGCAACGUACCUCGUCUGCUUCCAGGCAAUUGCGGCAGAUGAUGCGUGCUGGGCUCGCGGUUACCGCGCUGGAAGCAAGAUUCUUCGUCUUGCGACUUUCCUUGACUUGCUGAGCAGCGUGAUGCAAUUCAUCUUCUUUUUGUACAUUGCCAAAUUCUACAAGCCCAAGUGGUAUAUGCACUUCACUGAAGGCGGGCCUGAGUGCCUCUUUUUCUCUUAUAUUCGCUGCCUUCACGCCGUCUGCCUCGCGCUAUAUGCAGCAGCGACUUACCUCCUAGAGGUUUAUCACGAUGAAGGAGCGGGAGAUCUACACGCGUACAUCAACUCUGCCCUCUUCGGAUUCGCCAGUGCUGUUGAAUUCUGCGUCCUCUUUGUGCCUAUCGGUGGUGCGUCUUCGCUUACCAUCUGGUUUGCACUAUUGGCUGCCACCACCUGGGCUAUCUUCUUCGAGCCAGAGGUUAACAACGUGUCUCCUGCUCUACAUGAGACAGAGCUGACCAACGACGUGGAGCAGCAGGUCGAAAAAUUCGCUCGCAUGUCCCCCUACUACCCCACUGGAGAACAUACCGGAGGGGCCGGCAUGUACUCCGCCCCCAACUACUCUCAGGCGCCAAGCCAGCAGCUACAGCAACAACCUUCCGUUGUAGCUCAGGCCUAUGAUGCAGAGGGUCGGCAGUAA